CCCCUGCAAGGGGGGGAAAUCGGCAUCUCCACGGACAGUGAAUGGGCGGAACCCUUUUCCAAGGACCCUGAUGACGUGGCAGUUGCUGAUAGGCGCAUGCAAUUCAACCUCGGAUGGCUGUUGCAUCCCAUAUUUUUUGGCACCUAUCCACCCGCCAUGCGCCACUAUGUGGGCCCUCGCCUGCCCUCCUUCUCCCCCUUACAAGCUGCCUCGCUUAAAGGCAGUGUGGAUUUUGUGGGCCUCAACCACUACACGUCCAGAUACAUUGCACAUGCAGGCCCCAGCGAGGACGGGUACAAUGCACAUGCCGAUGCGCAGCGGGGGAAAGAGAAAGGCAGGCUGUGGAGCUACUUCGAUAAUCAGCAUGCACUGCACUCACAUGGCAGUUGAAUGUGAUGGCCGCUUGAUUGGCCAGCAGGCGGCGUCACCAUGGCUGUACAAGGUACCAUGGGGCUUUGAAAAGCUGCUCAUGCACAUCACCACGACUUACAACGCACCUCCCAUCUAUAUCACGGAGAAUGGUCUAGAUGAGGAGGACGACCCGUCGCUGCCACUCCACGUGGCCACCAAUGACCCACAUCGGAUCCGCUUCUACCACGCGUAUCUCUCCCACCUUCUCGCCGCCAUCAGGCAAGGGGCGGACGUGAGGGGGUACAUGGCAUGGUCGUGGAUGGACAACUUCGAGUGGCAGAUGGGGUACUCACGCCGCUUUGGCAUUGUGCAUGUGGACCGCAGCACUCAUGGGUUGAAGAGAACACCCAAAGUGUCUGCGCUCUGGUGGCAGAGGCUCCUCUCGGGGAUGCCUGUGCAUGGGUCCUAG